AUGUCUAUCUACGGGCCGCGCCGCCUCACGGCAGUGGCUUCUGCUUUUGCAGCAGUGCUGUGUCUUGAGCUUCUUAGUCUCCCAGUCGAGGCGUUGUCGAAACCCUCAUGGAGAGAUCCAUUUGUGCCUAUCGAUCCCCAAGUCUGGGUAAACCCCGAUGACAUGACUUGGGACGACUUCAAGGCGCCGCCCGGUACUCAAUGGAACGAUGCGACAAAAAAAGGUUCGAGUCGCAACUUCAACAUCGCUUUGAUAGCAGUCGACUACAGCGAUGAGACUUUUGUUGUCACUAGGGCGCCCAAUUCGACUGUCUUUGGUAACCCCUUGCCGAUAGUAUCUGGUAUCGCGAGAGAAGAUGUACCCGCGUACUAUCGCGAUUUACUGAACAAGCCUACCGACCUGAACCGCGGGCACACAAUGCAUGAGUAUUGGAUGGAAGAUUCUCAUGGAAGAUAUGGUGUCGACUUGACGGCAUUUGGGCCGUACCGCAUGCCUGCUUUAUCGUACCAGUACGGUGUAGACGACGGCUUCAAUCCUGGAGCGUGCCCUGGGAACAGCAGCGCUUGCAACCGCGAUAUUCGAACCGAUGCUUACGCAGCUUGGCGAGCAGAGGUGGGAAAUAGUACGAGUAAUUCGUUCGAGCUCGUAUUCAUACUUUCCGCUGGACAAGAUGAGUCGUCAACGUGGCAAGAGUUUGGCGAGAUGAAGUUCUCAUCACCGGAGGAUGUCCCUGACGAAUUUGGACCGCCGAAGAACGCCAACGGCUCUUCGUCGCUGCCCAAUUAUGCAUCGACUAGAUAUGUUCCCUGGACUUCGUGGGCAUCGGCAUCUACCAUUUGGCCAAACGCGGGUGGCGGUUCAUCGACUCAGUGUGAAAGCUCGGGAAUGGGAACCUAUGCCCAUGAGCUCAGUCACCUGUUGAAUAUCGGCGACAAUUAUAAUAAUCCGUACGGUAUCCCUCUGCGGCGAAGUUAUACCGGGCCGUACUCAAUGAUGUCUCGAGGAUCGUUCAAUGGCCCCGGCGGUCCACACACACGGUAUCAAAUACCGGCGCUACAGGGAGGGUCAAUGGGUUCCUUGCAUACGGUUAGAGACAAGCUUGUUCUGGGACUCAUCUCCAAUGAUACCAUUGUUCGUAUAUCGAGAGAUGCCUUGGCACAAUCGGGCCCUGUUGUGGCACAAAUCACUGCCCGAUCUGUCGUGUCCGAACUCAUUGGCCUGAGGGUCGACAUUAGUCGAGAUCUAUCGCCAGCAUGCAAUAUUUCUACCGACGUGCUUUGCGAUGGAGGUGGCUACAACACUUAUGAUAUAGAAGUUAUUGAUAGGAUGGGGGCCGAUUCAUUCCAGCCCGACAGUGGCGUUAUGAUUAGCAAGACAAGAAAUAGCAAUUCCCAGCCAUUCCAGUGGACUAUCGAUGCGAAUCCACAAGAUAUCAAGCUCGUCGACUUUAUGCGGCCCAAUGGGACAGCCGCUAUGAUUACAAUGGGUGACUAUCGCCAACUAGCCGAUGCAUUAUUCCACGCCGGCACUAGAUCUGGCAGCAAAUACGAGUUUGUGGAUGAGGCCAAUAGCCUUCACUUCUACAUCUUGGACGUCCACAGGGAUGAAAGCGGCGUGCUCUCCUAUAUCGUAGGGGCAAGAUCUCUCGCCGACGCUAGCUCAAGCGAAUACGGGGUUCGGAUGACUUCCGGCGUGCCGCUUGUGCGUGACAAGAGCAGUUCUGUCACCAGGGGUAUCUUUUGCGAGUUUGAGCUCACAAACAACGGCACGUAUCAUGGUUCCCAUAAAGGUCAUGCUCAAGUUCUAUCAGAUCAUGUUGAGUGGGACAUUUUCCGACUGGAAGCUGAUAUCAAGGGUGCUGGUUGGAAGGCGGUGCUGCCAAAGGCUGUGAUUCCGUUGAAAUACGGCCAAGCAGCAAAGGCUUACGUGGCGGUGGGCGCGGAUGUUGAUGCGAAGGAUGCUGUUGGUGUUGUCAAGUUGACGGCUACGUCGGAGUCGGACCCAGACGUGGUGGCCACGUCGUUUUGCAAAGUUGACAAGCAUCGUGUAGGAGAGCGGCUCGUAUUAAAUUAA